GCUGAGGGAAGCAGCAAGCUCCGCAAAGAUCAGGGGAGCAAAGAACGAAGGACUAGGUUAGGCUUGGAGGAGGGGGACACAACCGGAGCUGUAGCUAGGACUGGCCAAGUGACAUAGCCCACCCUGGAAGACCUCGCAGUGGGGAGGGUCUUCCUCAGGUGACUCUAGACUGCCUCAUCACACCAGGGGGCUGACUGGGAGAAGAUAUGAGUCCCAGACUUCAAACAACUCAGCCACGCAACCGCAGAACUCAUGGAUAAGAAAUUGAGGUUGAAAAUGCAAACGCUGCUGGGGACAUGGCCAUCACCCAUGAUCUGGAAACAGACUAUGCUAAGCUGGUUCUAAAGGUGGGAGCAAUCACACUUGGGGAGAAGAAUAGAAAGAAGAUGAAGAACCAACACCUCAGAAAACAAGAGAAUGAAACCAUCUCUCGAGCUGUGUGUGCCCUCCUGAACUCUGGAGGUGGAGUGAUCAAGGCUAAAAUUGAAAAUGAAAAUUUUAGCCUUCCCAGGGAUGGAUUGGGACUGGAUUUGGAAGCCUCUCUUUGUAAAUGUCUGCCUUUUAUGGGGAGGCAUCUGGACUUCAUGGAGCGUGGGGGCUACUUUAAUAUCUUCCUGAAACCAUGGAGUCUGGAUGUCUUUGGGCUGCCGAUUGGCACCCUGAGGACCAAUUUGUACAUUAGAAGCUUUUCGUCUUCGGAUGAAGUGAAUGCCACUGCUGCUCUCGAGUUCCUCCGAGACCUGGAGGAAGUGGGAGGGAGAUCCUGUGUCAGACCAGAGCUGCCUGCAAGCAGAGCCUGCCCUGGAGUAGAAGACGAGAGCGACCUGGAGGACCUGGCUGCUGCGGUUUUUCACAAGACACAAUUUCAGCACCAGGAAGACUUCCCCUUCACCAGAUCCGCCUGUGUCGAAGUUACAUUGCUUUCCGUGAAACAGCUGCGAAAAUGCAUCAAAGAGCUCAUCCCUCGAACUGUAUCUGCGUUUGCAAACACUGACGGGGGAUAUUUGUUCAUUGGUCUGGAUGGAAACAAUCAGCAGAUAAUUGGUUUUGAAGCAGAGAAGAGCGAUCUUGUGCAUCUAGAGAGUGAAAUAGAGACGUGCAUCAGACAGCUGCCUGUCACUCACUUCUGUGAGGAGCAGGAGAAGAUACAGUACACAUGCAAAUUCAUCCCAGUCCUCAGACCAGGAGCCGUGUGCUCGUAUGUGUGUGCACUCAGAGUGGAGAGAUUCUGCUGUGCUGUGUUCGCUGCAGAGCCUGAGUCCUGGCCCGUGGAAGACAGCUGUGUGAAGAAGUUUACCUCAGAGGAAUGGGUCAAGAGCCUGAUGGAUGGCAGACCAGGCUCUGGCACUAUUGGUGACUCCACACAUCCCCAUUGGUCAUGUGUUAGCUGAGGCUCUCAAGGAACACCUAGAGCCUGUAACAAUGAUAUCCUUUAGGCCUGUCACAGCUGAAGGACUUCAUGGCUACAAGAGGGCCAAGCCUGCAAAUCCCUGAAGCU